GGGUACGACGGACACCUCCCUCGACGCUCGUGGCAAGCGGGAGUUUCACAACAUCAUGGAGACAAGCAAGCUGGGAUCUGACAGCCCCGAAACCUUCACUCCUCCCGACGGGACAAAAAAUCGGCGUCAAUCCCGCAAACGCAAAGCCAGAGAUGACGACGACGAUGACGACGACAACAAUCGGGAGGAUGGUGGUGGCGAGCUUGCCAUGCCCGGCACCUCGUGGCACGGGCCGUGGACCUCUUCACGCGUCAACUCCAAGACGAGUGUCCCCGCCAAACCUGAUCGACGGCAGCAGAAGCCGGCGGAUGAACCGCCCGUGAAAAGGCGCGCCGUCGGCAAACCCAACGCACCGGCGACGACGACCCGGCCACCCUCGGCUUCGUUGACGGUGGCGGUUUCAGCCAAGAAGGGGGAGAAGUUGACGGCGUCUAGCAGUCCGGGUGGAGUCCUAACGCGCGCCGCGGCGGCGGGACUGCUGGAGCGUCGCCCGGAGCGUGUCCGUCGGUUCGAGGCGAGCGCCAACGAGCGCGGUAGCGCUGUGAGACCCGCGGAACCGCGCGGCGUGGCCAGGCGGGAUUCGCAGGGCUCGCCACGCGACGGCCAGGGCAAGGCCGAAGAAGCGGCGAGCUCGAGGGCAACGGGAGGCGAGCGGACGGGGCUCGCCUUGAAGUGCAAGUCGGCCCGGGAGGUGAGUAGAAGCAAAUUGGCAGAGAACGUGCAGAGCUCCGGGCGAGGGUCCGGCAAGAAAGAAGGAGCGGUACCAAGCGCCGUGAAACCGUCUCGUCGUGCGGAACUUGAGCGCGACGACGAUGGCGGCGAUGUCGGGGAAGGUUCUGGAAAGGGUUGGUCGUUUUCGUGGAACCGGGUUCGGCCGCUGGGCGCGGAGGGACGCAGGCCGGCGGCACGGCCCGCAUCCAAGGGAGGGGCAAAACCCGCGGCCGCUCGGCGGGGGACGUCAGAGGCGGAGUGCCGUCUCAAGGUUCCCGCGAAGAAGCGGGCGCCGUCUGUCACGAGCAAACGACCCAAGGUCCAGUUGAAAAUUGGCCCCGGCAGGCCGGCCGCGGUACUCGGCGCGGGCCGAGAAGAACAGGGCCGGCUGACGGCGAAGAACAACACAAAGCUACGUGCCGGAGGGGAGGAGGAGGAGGAGGAGAGGGCGAUUCCGGAAUUGUGCAUAAAUGCAGUGCGGGUGAAGGAGAGAGGAAGGCACAACGAGGGGAAGAGUGUAGUGGAGCGUGGUAGACUGAAGGUGGCGGUGGUGCCGCCAAAAGUGCGGCUCCCGGUGCAGCCGGACUGGGAGAUGACUGCCGUCGUCGAGACGGAAACGGCCCCGUCCGGGCACGACGACCCUCCGCGGUCGGCGUUGCCUGUCGUUGGCGAUGAGGGGGGCGGCGGGCAGCCGUGCAGCAUGGAGGUGGACUUUCCGGCACCGUCUUUCGCCAGCGGCGGAACUGCAGGCGGCCUGCUGGAGGAGUCCAACAACGAUGGCGUUCUGCAGUGCAUCCUGCAGUGCACGCAACAGCACCCGUCCGCGCACACGCUGCUGCUGCUGACCGACGACGUGAACCUGUGCUCGAAGGCGCUGGUGAGCGGCCUCAACGCGUGCACGGUGCGCAACCUCGCAGCGGAACUCGGCCGGAUAGCCGACGAGGAGGCCGGCGCUCCCGCCCUGCCGCGGCGCGUCGCCCCGUCCAGCCCUGAAUGCCAGCUGGCCGCUGUGAUGAACCAUUCCAUUGCACGAGCGGGGGACCGUACCCCUGUCAGCACGAGAGGUCAGGGUCCCAUCGGGCGCGGGCAGAAAGAUGCCGGCUCUCAGCUGACUCAGCGCAUUCACCGGUUGCUGCACACGGACUUUAAGGAUGCCCUCGCUGCCAUCGUGGAGGAAGAGAUGAAGCUGGCCUACGAUGACAAAUGGCUGGACGUUGUGUGUAUGCCCCCUCCGUACACGCUGGCGCACGCCCUGCAUUGCCUGAACAAGCACUGGACCGCCGUGUUCGGCUCGGUGGUGCGCCGCGGCCUGCAGCAGACCGUGAUGGCGCUGCAGAAGCAGCAGCACCGGCGCGUGUGGGGCAGGACAGGUGCCGCCGACGCACGCGGGGCCCCGGCGUGCCUGGACCGUGCCCUGGAGGUCCUGCGGGAGUUCGGGAAGCGCUCCGCGUACGGCGGCUCCGUCCCCCGGGCCUACGCGGCGCUGAUGCCCCUCAAGCGCCUCGGCAAUCAGGAGGUGGCGGUCGGAGGCGACGAGGUGGCGGCGGUCGGAGGCGACGAGGUGGCGGCUGACGACGAAGCCGCGGCGGAGGAGGAGGCCACGAGCACUCGGAGCGCGCCGAGGGCGGCCGAGGGGCCGGCGGUCGCGGACGCAGGCGCUCCCGGCGCGGACGCCGGCCCCGCUAUCAGAGACCCCUGGGAGGUCUUGGAGGAUGUGUGGAGGGCGGUGGACCAGUCCAGGGACCUGAUCUGCGGGCACGCGGGGCGGCUGAACGGCAGCGCCGGAGUCUCGUCAGUGGCUCAGCCGGAGUGGGCCUUCCUGCAGGAGCUGGUGCCGGCCGUGCGCAACCUCGCCUCCUCCGUCGGCGCGGUCCUGGAAUCGAACUGCAGUGAACACAGCAUCACUCAGCUCUGCAUUGUACUGCAGGGCUUCGUGAACUGCCAAGUGCUGAGGCUUCGACAGUGCACGUUGACCCCACAGAGCCUCUUCCAGUGUCUCUUUGGUCCACAGCAGAGGGAGAAGCUGGAGAUUGGAUGUGCCCAGCUGGUGGAGGCGGCGGCGGCGCUGGAGGGAGCGCGUCUGUCGCUGAUGCCACACGCACAGCUCUCCGGCUGGUCCUGAGCGCGAGUUGGGGGGGUCGUCUCUCCCCCUGCCCCCCCCCCCCGUCCCCCCCGCCCCUCCUUAACCCCCCCCCAUGCUUUGUCAAUUGAAUCGGGGGGCCCCAACCGAUGACAAUUUACACGCCCCAUUUAAUAAAACUACCGUGGUAUUUUUUUUUCUUCCAGAUAAUAAAACGCCCUCCGGAAAGUAAAGCAGCAACCCCCAAAACUUUCAGCGAUGUCAAUAAAAGUGGUACAACAUCAGCUCUCUCCCGCACGCAUAUAAUACACAACAAUAGGGACAAUUUUUAUUUAAAUCUUUCGUGACUGCAGUGAUUCAUAUUCUUGGUUCUUUCGGUAAAGUCACGUUGAAGGGAAACAAUAAAAUAAUAAAAUAUAUAUAACAAUAUAUUUUAUUGUUUCCCUUCAACGUGACUUUACCGAAAGAACCAAGAAUAUGAAUAGGGACAAUGUCCCCACUCUGGCUUUAGAACACAGCGGAUAAAGCGUGCGUCUGUUCGCAGCCUUGCUGGCUGCAGUUUACUCUUGAGUUGUUGCUGCAAUCGUUGGUUUUUAGAAUUAAAACAUUUUACUGAGCCGAUUUGAAUGUUGCGAACGUGUUUAGUUUAGUUCUGGGGCAGUCUACAAAUACAGUCCCGCAUUGGCAGGUCACUAUUGAAAAACUACGAAUACUUGGUGAAUAUAAUGAAUCAAACAUAACCCCUAUGAUGUUCUGGUCAGCUUUGAUGUAAUUUUCUGUUCAAUUGCCCAAUUCACUCGAUGACCCGUAUAGUACCAUUGGAAACCUCAUUUGCCAGUAACAAAAUAUGAUAAUUGGUUUUUUACCCUUUAUCUGGCAACAAAACUGACACCUUUUUUACAAGGAGUCAUGUUUACAUUGAC